UUUGAUGGUUGAUGAUAAAAUUUGUUUAUAAUUCCUUGUAGUUUUCGCGGUAAAUUUGAGUCAUUUUUAUCCUGAUUUUGUUAUAAAAAGUUUUGAUUAAAUUUUUGGUUAUUAAAUUUAAAUUUCUCUUUUAAUUCUUAUAUUUGUGCUCAAAUAUUUCUUACCCAGGAAAGAUUACAGGCUCAUUAUUAUGACUGAAGAGAAUAUAUCUUUCCCAUUCCCUUUUGAGCCUUAUGAUGUGCAAAAAGAUUUUAUGAAGAACCUGUACAGUGUUUUGAAUCAAAGUAAAGUUGGAAUAUUUGAGAGUCCAACUGGUACUGGUAAAUCCCUUAGCAUUAUUUGUGGCUCCCUAAAAUGGCUGAAGGAUUUUCAAGAGAGAAAAAAACAAGAACUUAAAAACAUGUUUGAGGAGAAAGUGAAUGAAAGUGAUGAUGAUUGGUUUAAUGAUUUUUUAGCAAAGCGGGAGAAGACAUACAAAAUGCAAGAUGCCAAAAAAGAAUAUGAAUCUUUAAUUGAAAUUGAAAAUAGGAUUAUGAACUUAAGAAAGAUUGAAAAAGGCAAGAAGAAACCAGAAGUUAAGACUAGUGUAUCUUGUUUUAAAAGGCAAAAACAUAAUGACAAAAUUGAUAUUGAGGAAGAAGCAAUUGAAGAUAACUUUAUUGUUGAUGAUGAGUUGCAGGAUGAAGAAGAAGAAGACACCAAAGAAGAAAAGAAGCACAUUUUAAAAAUUUAUUUUGCAAGUAGAACUCAUUCUCAACUUUCACAGUUUCUUGGAGAAAUUAAGAGGAGUCCUUUUAACCAUCAAGUAACUGUCACAACUCUUGGCUCAAGAACAAAUUAUUGUAUCAAUAAUGCUGUGUCUAAGUUGAAGAGCUUAAGUUUAAUUAAUGAGCAUUGUUUAGAAUUACAGCAGAAAAAAAGUGGUAAAAAAUGCCCUUUUUCAAAACAGCUGCCUGAUUUACAAAAUUCUAUUUUAGCCUCUGUUAAAGACAUUGAAGAUAUUGUGGAAUUAGGAAAGGAAUUAAAAUGUUGCCCAUAUUAUUCUACUAGAAAUGUUAUACCAAAUGCGGAAAUUGUUCUUUUACCGUAUAAUGUCUUGCUCCAUAAAGCUACGCGUGAUGCUUAUGGAAUAUCUUUAAAAGACAAUGUUAUAAUCAUUGAUGAAGCUCAUAAUAUAGUAGAAGCUAUAAAUAGUAUGUACAGCAUUGAGAUCUCUUGUCUUACAUUGGAACAAUCAUUUUGGCAGCUAGAAUCUUAUUUCAAUUGUUACCAAAAAAGAUUGUCACGUGACAAUAUCCGUUUCAUCAAGUUGUUUAUUUCAAUUGCGAAAUCAUUAUCAGAUGGCUUGAAAAAUUUGAAAUUAUCUAAAGUUCUUUUAGUUAGCGAUUUUAUUUGCACCACUGAUAUAAGCAAUGUGAAUAUAUUUGAACUUGUUAAAUACUCAGAAAAAAGUCUGAUAUGUCAAAAAGUGCACGGGUUCACUUCCUCCAAAGUAAGCAAAGGUGUAUCCCCCCUUAAUGAUCCACACAGAGGAAGUAAGGAACCUAUUCAGAUUUCGUCAACAGCUAACUUUCUCUUACAAAUUAAGAAUAAGCAAGCAUGUGUUGAAAAAACCACAACUGAUCCCAAAACUAUAACUACUGCUCAGUACAAGCCAUCUGCAAUUUAUAGUUUGGUAGAAUUUUUAAAAACACUAACAUUCCAAACUAAGGAUGGACGCAUAUUAAUGAAUAAAGGCCCAGUCUUCGAAAAAUCCUCACUUAAAUUUUUGCACUUAAACCCAUCUUCACAUUUCCGUGACAUUGUGUCUGAAGCCAGAUCAGUUGUACUCGCUGGUGGUACAAUGCAGCCUAUUGAAGAAUUUACUGAUCGUUUAUUCUUACCUGCAGGCGUUCCAAAGGAAAGAAUAGACUUUUUUGCAUGUGGACAUGUCAUUCCUUCUGAAAACUUAUUAGCAAUUGGAUUAGCUUCUGGUCCUUGUGGGAAUAGGCUAGAUUUCACAUAUAAUAAUAGAAAGUCUCCAUCUACUAUUAGAGAACUAGGAAGUACUCUUUUAAACAUUUGCAGCACUGUUCGAGGUGGUGUCAUAUGCUUUUUCCCCUCUUAUGACUAUGAAGAUUUCAUUUUUUCUGAACUAACAAAAAGUAAAGUAUUGUCAUCAAUUGAGAAAAAAUGCAAAGUUUUCCGAGAACCGAAAUCAAGCAGUGACGUUGACAAAGUAUUAGGUGAUUAUGCAAAAUGUAUCGCAACAGCAUGUUCGAAUUCCCCAUCUACCCUGAUGGGGGCUGUGCUAUUUAGCAUUGUGGGAGGUAAGAUGAGUGAGGGUAUUAAUUUUUCAGACGACCUUGGACGAUGCGUAGUGAUGGUGGGUCUUCCAUAUCCCAAUAAAUUUUCUGUUGAAUUACAAGAGAAAAUGAGCUAUUUAAAUCAGCAAUCUUCUUCUGGUGGUAAAAGUGCUGGAGAUGUUUAUUACAAUAAUCUUUGUAUGAAAGCUGUCAAUCAAUCUAUAGGUCGAGCAAUUCGGCACAGAAAUGAUUUUGCUUCAAUUGUUUUAUUGGAUUAUAGAUAUAGUAAUAAAAUAGUUAAAAACUCUUUGCCUGCAUGGAUAUUUAAAAGUUUAUCUUUUCAUGAAAAAUUUGGCUCGGCUUUUGUCGCAUUAAGAAACUUUUUCAUCUCAAAGAAAAAGAAUUUAUAGGUCUAAAAUAACUUUAAACUAGCUUUGGAUUACAUACAUAUGUGAUAUUUAUUCUAUUUUAUACUCAUGAGACAUAUAAAUUUAAUUGACAAAUAUAAUUCACUUUUGUGUAGAAUUUUUAUGGUAUUUGUAUAUAUUUAUUUAAUCUUCAAAGGAAAAUAAAUCUAUGUUUUACAUUU